AUGGAGAAACCUCGAGGACUCCUGGGCCUUGCCCGCGAGCUGCGAGAUCUCAUUUACGACGUUCUUGCCGAGGAAGAAGAUUUUACCGAACUCAUGCACACUUGCUCACAACUGCGCAAAGAGAUCCUGAGCCGCAUGCCCGGUGGCGAGCUGAUCGACUUUACACGAGCCCAUAGUGACGAAGAUCUCAGACAGCAAACCCACAACUCUAUCCAGACAAAGACCACAAACCUCAUCGCUGAGCCAUGGGACCUGGUCAGCUCUCUCGAUGAGCCCGAGGACCAUAUCCGGCCGCUGAACAUCUACUUUCGUGGGGGCUGGUUGAACUGGAGCAGCCGGGAAAUACUGGACGCCUGGCGGGUCUUGACGGACUGGGAAUACAGUGUUGGUUUGAGCUAUAUGAGACCACCGAACUCUGGUCAUAUUCGCAUUCUCGAGCUCAAUCGACCGCGUGCGAGAAACGCGAUCUCUCGCGCCUUGCUAUACUCCCUUCGGGAAGAGAUUGAUGCCAUUCAUGCCCAGUACGAUGCCGCCACGGGAGACGAGCUUCCGCAGCCCAGCUGGAAGCAGCGAUUCGGCGGUGCGGCGGGACCGGACGAGAAGGGCCCGACGAGGGCAUUGAUCAUAGCCAGUGCGGUCGACAGCUGCUUCUGCUCAGGCGCUGACUUGAAGGAGAGAAAGACAUUCACACAAGAGGAGACCGCCGCCUUCCUCACUACGCUCCGCGCGUCAUUGACGUCCCUCUCUGCCUUACCUAUCCCCACCAUCUCUGCCAUCGGCUCAAUUGCCCUUGGCGGCGGCCUCGAGUUCGCACUAGCGACACAUUUCCGCGUCAUGUCCUCUAAUGCCGUCGUCGGCCUCCCUGAAACCCGGCUCGGCAUAAUCCCCGGUGCGGGCGGUACCUACCGUCUCCCGGCCCUCAUUGGGGUUGCCCGUGCCCGGGACAUUAUCCUUACCGGCCGGCGGGUCUCGGCCGCGGAAGCCUACUUCUUGGGAAUUGCCGACCGACUGGUCGAGGUCAUCCCGGAGGGCCAGGAGGAGGCAGCAGAAGGCGAACCCCCGAAGGUGGACGCGGAGAAGCUGCUGUUCCAGGCGCGCAGGGACGUCCUGAGCGAGUCGGUGAACUUGGCCGCAGGGAUAUGCGAGGGAGGGCCCGUUGCGGUCAGGGCGGCACUGCAGGCGGUGCAGCGCCCCAUUGAGGAGUCGGAAAACAUGAUGUACGAGAGGGUUGUAGCCACGGAGGACAGGAACGAGGCAUUGAAGGCGUUCCAAGAGAAGAGGAAGCCCGUCUUCAAGGGCCGCUGA